AUGACGGCGCAGGGGUCAAGGGGUGGCGGUGCCGUAUACAAGCUUCCCAUGCUCACGUGUGUGCUCGCAGCCAUCUCUGUUGGAUGGAACACGUACGCCAAACUCGACAAGGCAUGUGUCCUGUACGGCACUUCGGCCACGGCCCUCACCCAGAGGGUCUGCUCGACGAGCUCGGUCACGUACCCGACGUCGCGCACGUGGUACCACUCGGUCGCCCUCGGCAACCUGUCGGCGGCGACGACGUACCACUACCGGAUCGACUCGUCCAACACGACGACGCAGCGCUUCCUGAGCCCCCGCACGGCCGGCGACAAGACGCCCUUUGCCAUGAACGCCAUCAUCGACCUCGGCGUCUACGGCAAGGAUGGCUACACCAUCGCCAUGGACGCGUCCAAGCGUGACACCAUCCCCGGCAUCCCACCCUCGCUCAACCACACGACGAUCGCGCGGCUCGCCCGGACGGCCGGCGACUACGAGUUCAUCAUCCACCCGGGCGAUCUCGCCUACGCCGACAACUGGAUCCUGAACAUUGGCAACCUGUUCGACGGCGCCAACGCCUUCCAGGCCAUCCUCGAGCAGUUCUACGGCCAGCUGGCGCCCGUCUCGGGCCGCAAGCCGUACAUGGCGAGCCCGGGAAACCACGAGGCGGCCUGCCAGGAGAUCCCGAACCUCACGGGCCUCUGCCCCGAAGGCCAGAAGAACUUUACCGACUUCAUGAACCGCUUCGGCGGCGUCAUGCCCACGGCCUUUCCCUCGACGUCGGAGAGCGUCAUCGGCCGCAUCCUCGCCAACAAGGCACGGAUGCUGGCGAAGCCGCCGUUCUGGUACUCGUUCGAGUACGGCAUGGUGCACGUCACCAUGAUCAACACCGAGACCGACUUUGCCAACGCGCCCGACCAACCCGGCGGCGCCGCCGGUCUCAACGGCGGGCCCUUUGGCUUGCCGGGCCAGCAGCUGGCCUUUCUCGAGGCCGACCUCGCCUCGGUCGACCGCACCGUCACCCCGUGGCUCGUCGUCGCCGGCCACCGGCCCUGGUACACGACGGGCGGCGACGGCGGCGGCUGCCGCCCCUGCCAGGAGGCGUUCGAGGGCCUCCUGUACAAGUACGGCGUCGACCUCGCCGUCUUCGGACACAUCCACAACUCGCAGCGCUUCAUGCCCGUCCUCAACGGCAAGGCCGACCCCGCGGGCAUGAACAACCCCAAGGCGCCCAUGUACAUCGUGGCUGGCGGCGCCGGCAACAUCGAGGGCCUCAGCGCCGUCGUGAGCCGGCCACAGUUCACCGCCUUUGCCUACGCCAAGGACUUUAGCUACGCGACGAUCCGCUUCCUCGACGCGAACAGGUUGCAGGUCGACUUCACGAGGUCGUCGACGGGCGAGCUGCUGGACCGCUCGACGCUGUACAAGUCUCACUCGGAACGAUUCGUGAAGCAGUGA